GUCAAGUUCACUCUGGGCCCCGCCCCCAGCCUAGGUCAAGGCGAGUAACCCGGGUUGAGCGUUAGGUCCACGGUCUCUGUUGACCCCCCGAGAUUCUCCGGGUGCCGCUGUGGAACCCAGCGACGCGCAGGCAGGGUGGCCGCUGCGGUGGAUGUGGAUGUAUGUGACAGCAUGAAGAACCGAAUCCCUGUGGUGCUCCUGGCCUGUGGCUCCUUCAACCCCAUUACAAACAUGCACCUGCGCUUGUUUGAGGUAGCCAGAGACCACCUGCACCAGACAGGACUGUACCAGGUGGUCGAGGGCAUCAUCUCACCUGUCAAUGACAGCUAUGGAAAAAAAGACCUGGUGGCCUCCCAUCACCGAGUAGCCAUGGCCCGGCUGGCCCUGCAGACAUCUGACUGGAUUCGGGUGGACCCGUGGGAGAGCGAGCAGGCCCAGUGGACAGAAACAGUGAAGGUGCUGAGGCACCAUCACAGCGAGCUGCUCAAAUCCUCAGCCCAGAUGGAAGACCCAGACCCCAGCAAAACACCAUCAGCCUCCGCAGAUUCCUGUAACUUCCCUGGGAUCCGCCCUUGUUCUGCUGCAGGCCCCGAACUGAAACUCCUCUGUGGGGCGGAUGUCCUGAAGACCUUCCACACCCCCAACCUCUGGAAAGACGAGCACAUCCAGGAGAUAGUGGAGAAGUUUGGCUUGGUGUGUGUGAGCCGGCGCGGGCACGACCCGAAAGGGUACAUCUUGGACUCUCCCAUCCUCCGACAGUUCCAGCACAACAUUCACCUGGCCAGGGAGCCCAUUCAGAACGAGAUCAGUGCCACAUUUGUGAGGAAAGCCUUGGCCCAAGGGCAGAGCGUGAAGUACCUCCUCCCUGAUGCCGUCAUCACCUACAUCAGGGAGCAUGGUCUCUACAGCUGUGGCAGUCCCUGGAAAGGAAAAGGAAACACUAGCUAGAGGGCCUCCUGAAGAAUGGGCAGUCAAGGGCUUUGUUUGGCUUUGGGGUCCGUGUUUCCCUUUCUGUUUGUUUUGUUUCUACCAUGGUGAUGCCAUGGGUGACUUCCUGCUGCAGGGAGAGAUUUUUUCUGUCUCUGGGACAGAGCAACUAAAUGGCUUGGCAGGUCUUCGGAUUAGGCAAAACCCCUCUACCUUUGAGGAGACCUGCUUACUUGGUGCACACUGAUGCUAUUCUGAACACGGCAGCCCCUGAGGGGUUGGAUCACAGUUGCCCUCUGCAUUUAAGAAAAACUCAGACCAGGUGCAGCAUGGUGGUCUUGACUGGCAGGAUUUGACAGGGUGCUAAUUACUGAACAGGGGGCCUUUGCAACAUCCUUCUUUCAAACAGAAUAAUACCAAGUGAGGCUUCAGAAAUCUGGAAACGGUGCAUCAUUGAUUUCCAGUGUAGACUCUCUUACCAACCAUGGCCUGUCUGCCUUUCUGUCUGCCUGUGGUGUAGCAUAAAAAAUUUUUGACCACAUUGUUUCUAUUUUGUAGCCAAGCAAUAUGUGUAAGAUUGUGUGUGUGUGUGUGUGUGUGUGUGUGUGUGUGUGUGUGUGUGUGUGUGUGAAUAUGAGGAGAAGUCAGAAGGACCUCAGAGUUCCUGAAGAUGGAGUUAUAGGCACUUGUGAGUCACUUGAUGUGGAUGCUGGGAACCAGUCUUAUGGAAGAGCAGCAAAGGCUCUUAACCACUGAGCCAUCUCUCCAACCCCUCAAGCAAUAUUUUUGAUACAGCAAGUAUUUUUACACUGCUAUCCUCUAAACACUAGGGUUCCCGAUAUCCUGAUUUCUAAAGAGGAACUGAAGUAAAGCAGAUGCCUAGCUGUUUUAGAAGCUCUUUUGAAUGUUUUAUGACUGCCUGACUGUUUGAAU